ACCCCAUCUUUCCCUCGUGCUGUAGAAACUGCUGAGGAGGAAAAUGUAGAGUCAGAAGAGGUGGUCUCCAAGGAGGAUGAACAGUAUAGAUCAGGCUCUUUCUGUGGCCUUUGCUCAGUCUGCGAGCACUGCAGUAGCUGUGACAAAUGUCCCUGUGAGGAAGGAGACACGUCAGCACACUGCCAUCACUGUGAAGGUUGUUCAUACUGCUACAUUUGUCCGGUGAUCUGUGAGACCGUCUGCCAGCCAGGAGGAAUUCUUGAUGUAUUGAGCGGUUCUCUCUACCAGACUGUGAACACAUUACUCUGAAUACAUUUGGUGUUGUUCACAGCGCCAUCUUUUGGUGAACAGAGGAACUACAGACUAGUGGUCAGAUCAUUCACUUGUAGGCCUGUUUAUUUGACUGACCAGAUCAGGGGAUUUUCACCAUGAGGCCAAUAAUGGGAGUGGACAACCUACUGCACCCUAGAUAUAACUGAGGAACUACCAGGACCCUAAUGUUUACCAUUUAAUGGCACUUUAAAGGUGACUUUACAUGCUGUGCUAAAUGAAUAACAAUUAAAUUUGAUUAAGUGCAAAGGUUCUCGUAUAAAAUUGUACAAUAUCACUGUUUUUGACUGUAUUUUUGAGAAAAUAAAUGCAGCCUUGGUGAACAA